CUUUAUAGUUAUACAGCCAAACUACAGAGAACUUUGAAAGAAUCGACUAAUAUUUAUUUGAGUUUAUACAAGUCUUGAUCUAUAUAGGUAAAAAUAUUAAAGUACGAAUAAAAUAUUGGCCUUUUAUAAAUGAUUUAAGUUAAGAUUGAGAUAAGGAAAUCAAUUUGCAAUACGAGAAUACUCGUGAUAAUUACAAAAGCUAGCCUUUAAGGAAUUUGGUAGGUCACGAGAAGUUUUAUAAUUUAUUAUUGUAAUUUAAUCUUAAACGCCUAGAUAUUUAGGUUCUUUUUUAGUUUGAUAGUUUAAUUAAAUACGUCAAAUUAGUAAAGAGCAAUUUGUGAAGUAAUAAUAUACAAUAACAAAUUAGAAUACAUCAUAUGAACGAAUAUAAUGAACUGUUCUAUAUCAUUAGUCAAUAUAUUGUCUUCAACUAUGAUUUAUAUGUUUUUUCUCAGUCAAUUUAUUCUGUCUUACAAGUAAUUAGUUAAAAAAAUAACAUUGAUAAGUUCACACGUUUUGUUGUACACAAUUAAGUAAUUUUGCAGUCGUAAAAGAUAACUUGAAGUCUUUGGAAUAAAUAAAUGUAUCUUACUUGCUUUGUCCGACACAACUCAUUGUGAUUCUAUUAUUGUGUAACUUUAAUAGAUUAUGUGCAGAGGCACUCUGUUAUUAUAUAUAUCAGGGACAUUAAAACGUCGGUUCAAAAUGGCCUUACAUUGUGCGUACGUCACUGUAAUUUGAGUUGAGAUAUGUAUGAUCGUUUUUUGAGAAUGUGUACGUAGUUUUUUACUUGCGAUCGUGGCUUAGUCACGGUUUCCGAGCAAAAAGCAACCUUGGACGAAACUAAUGGUCUUACACGUGAUUGUUACAUAUUAAGUCUACGUCCGGUUAAGUAUCGCCUUUAGAGACACCUGCAGGUUAUGUUCGAGUUUCUGUUUUUAGUACAGAGUCGUAAACAUUGUUGGUAGAUACUUAGUACUCCAGAAAUUAGGUUUAAAAAUGAUUGAUAUAGUCAGUAUUGUAGAGUCGAUAUCGAGAUCUGUUUUUAAUCAAUUGAAUGGUAUUAAUAGAUUCAAAUCAGACUUCCCAUUAAAGUGGUCGACGCUAAAGUAAAUUAUUGUACUGAUAUCAUCAGUCUAGUCCAUAAUUUAGACGAUUCUAGAUGUUUAUUGCGAUGACUAACCGUUUAUAUAGUUGACUCCAUCCCACACAAUAGCAAUCGGUACUCUUUGAUAUGAUAUAAAAAACAACUAUUUUUAUGCUGCGUUUAUUAUGUCAUGCUAUUUAUCAACUUCAUACUUACGUACUUAACGCAGUACAAGUUUAAAAUACAAACUUAACUCAUAUUAAAUAUCUGAAAAAAAUUAAGAUGAGUUUUUCUUCUCGCGCGAUUCAAAAAGGUCGAUCAUUACAAAAAACUUGUAGGAAUAUUUAAUUGUACGGUAGCUGGUGAUUAAAAAAAUAUUAUUUACUCAUUUGGUUUGAAGACGGAAAUAAGUACGUGAUUAAAUUGUAAAAGUAAGCUCCUUAAAGAUGGCACUCAUAAGUUUUAAUGUUACGAAUAUUUUUUCCAUGAAACCUAUUCGUCAUUUUGCCGUACUUAUGCUGAAAGAGGAAUCUUUUCAAUAAGGGCACAUUAAUAUUUUUAAAACGCAUGGAAAAGUAAAAUUAAUGUAUCAAUAUUUUUUCGUUGCAUUCUUGCCUUACAGUUAGAAUUUAUUAUAUAAGACGGAUAUUUUUGUCAAAUAAUAGAUAUUCAAACAUAUUUUUCUUUUCUUUUCAGGAGUGGUUUACAAGCAGAGAAUCAACUUUUGCGGAUGAAAGCAAAAGUGCUACGGCGCUAAUUUAAAAACAUUCGCAAGUAGCAAUUCUUUAACUAUCUAAAUUGAUAAGUCAAUUAAAUCGCGUACCACAACGAGCGUAGAGUUGCGCCAUUGUCGAUACGUCGAUAUCGAUACCGCGACGCGUCGCGCGCGGUCCCUAACCUGUCGCUGCAAUAGUCGGUGCUCGCCAGAGUCAAGUGACUCUGCCAGCACGCCCAGCCACAGCCGUGGAUAACCUCGGCCAGAGCCCCCUUCCGGUGAAGAGGCUGCACGAAGCGCUGCAGAGUGCGCAAGUGAAGCGCCAGCGGCUCUCCCCUCCAUACCCCGCACCCCCCGCUUCUCUCCACCCUAUUCACCAGCUCGCGGUGCACCAACACAUCAAAGUGCAGCAGAGCAUAGUGCAGCAAAGCAUCGUGCAGCAACACCAGUUGAAUCUGGCCCAUCAGUCGCUGCAGAACUUGCAAGCGCAACAAAGUCUCCAAGCUCAACAGAGCUUACAAGCGGCUCAGAGCCUCCAGGCGGCUCAGAGUCUGCAGGCGGCGCAGAGCCCUGCAGCUACGGGUGGCGCAGGCGCGCAGCAGGCGGCAGGAGCGACACAAGGCGCGCUGGUGCCGCCGCAGCAGCCUUCGCCCCGGCCUGCUUCUCCACAACACAAGAACAUGGAGCUCGCGCUGUGCCAGAGCAUGGACUCCGUCAACACCGCCACCACUGAGGAAGAGGUGCGAACAUUGUUCGUGAGCGGGCUGCCCAUGGACGCCAAGCCACGAGAGCUCUAUCUACUGUUUCGAGCGUAUGAGGGCUAUGAGGGUUCCCUGCUAAAGGUUACCAGCAAGAAUGGGAAAACAGCCUCGCCGGUUGGUUUCGUCACGUUCCACACCAGAGCCGGCGCGGAAGCGGCCAAACAAGAUCUUCAGCAGGGCGUCCGGUUCGACCCCGACAUGCCGCAAACCAUUCGGCUGGAGUUCGCUAAAAGCAACACGAAGGUCAGCAAGCCGAAGCCGGCAGUUGCCACAGCCGCGCCAGCUGCACACCCCGCAUUGAUGCACCCACUCACUGGACACCUAGCGAGUCCGUUCUUCCCGGGCGGCGGCGCGGAGCUGUGGCACCACCCGCUGGCGUACGGCGGCGAGCUGCCGACGCUGUCGCACGGACUGGUACACCCCGCCAUCCACCCGCAGAUGGCGCCAGUCCGCUCCUACCUCUGACUAGCUGCCGCCGAUAGGCCACACCACACCCCCCUGACGCUGGGUGCGUGUGUGCUGCCAGCGCCCGCACUAGGGUCGCCGGGCGCGGCGGUGCCGGCUCACGCGAGCGGGCCCGCCGCGCACCCUGCGCACCCCGCACCUCCCUGCUCGACGCUCUUCGUCGCUAACCUCGGACAGUUCGUCUCUGAACAUGAACUUAAGGAAAUUUUUAGCAGCUGCCCGGGGUUCUCUCGCCUGCGACUGCUGAGUGGCGGCAGCGGCGGCAGCACUGGCCCGGUGGCCUUCGUCGACUUCGCUAGCCCCGCGGACGCGGCCGCCGCGCUGGCUCGCCUGCAAGGCGCGCUGCUUCUCAGCUCUGAGGGCGCCAUCCACCUCGAAUACGCGAGGCAUAAGAUGGCACACAACGGCUGGAUUCUCGCACAUGAAGGAGCCAAAGGCGGAGAAGAGGGCGAACAGCAUUAGCUCGUUCGUAGCUCUCGGCACUUGACAAGCAGCUCAGUGAGGGACGCGUCGAGAUCCUCUGCAUCGCAUCGGGCCUGGCGGAGCGCGGGCGGGCUCCCCCCCUCGUCCCCACUAGACCAGCUCUGUCCCCGUUUUGUUACGUUCACCGUCCCCUGCGUCAGAGGUGUGGUGUUAUAUCGUUUAUACCAAAAUUAGCAAGUGUUAAUUGUAUUAUUAUUAACAUUCCAGGUUUAUUGUUUACUGUUCAUGAUAAAAAUAUUAUUAUUUAAAUUU